CUCCUCUCGUCUUAGCCAGUUUGUCGUCAUGUUUCGUUACGAAGUAAAGUUUGUGUUUAUAUUCAGUAUAUGGGGUUUCUGUUCUGGAGCUUUGCAGCUUUCUCCAGAUCUGAAUGAAACUGAGCGCUAUGUGAAUGACUCCUAUAUGGUAACUUGCUUUGGUGGAAAUGGCACUGGAGCGAAAUGGUUUGGGCCUGAAAAUGUACAGAUUCCAGUAGGAGCUGGGAGGAUACAUACUGAAGAAAGAUUCAACUAUGUAUCAUUAAUUUUCGAGUAUAUACUUAGAAAUGAUUCAGGAAGUUAUGUCUGUACCAAGGAUAAUGAUAAAGUAUCAUUCAAACUUACAGUUGUCAAGCCCAUCAAAUUUCUGCCAGGUUUAGAACACCAGCAUAUAGCUGUCGGCAGCAGCGACAAAGUUCUAUGUGAAGCUGAAGGAAUGCCUCAACCAUCUUUUAUGUGGCAUGUCAAUGGAUCUAUCGUGAAAGAUCGUCGAUAUACUACAUUACCUACUAGUCUUCAUAUCAUGAAUGUGACAAGAAACGACAGUGGAAUAUAUCUUUGUCGAGCCUAUCAAGUCACUGCGCGAACAAGCACAGUACUGGAUCUACUAAUCAAUGUUUCAGUUCACUACAAGCCUACUUGGAAACAUUGGCAAGACUGGUACGGGUACAUGGGAGGCACAGCAAAUCUCACCUGCGAAGUUGAAGCUGAACCACCCGCAGAAUUCGCUUGGAAGCAAAACAACCAAAGCAUCGAAGCAGCCAGAAUCAUCAAUGAACCUAAUCGAUCUGUCUUACAGGUGAAUGUUACUGAUGAAUCAGUAUUUGGAACAUAUGAAUGUAAAGCAUGGAAUAAUCUUGGCAGUAUUAAAAAAUCAGGAGAACUGUUUGAAGGCGUUAAGCCAGAACCUCCAUCAAGCAUCAGCAUUGAUUCAACCACAAAGGGUGUUGUUAAGUUGGUAGUCAAAUGGGAUAAUGAUGAUAAGGAGCGCCUGGGAACAAGAGUCGAAUAUCAGGAAUCCAAUCAACUUCCAGUUUCUUGGGAAAAUGCUAGUUUCGUGGAUUUUAUAGAUAAUGAUGGACCAUAUGAGCUGAAAUUUCUUCAAGCCAACAAAAAUUACGCACUCCGAGUCGCCACUUUGGGAGAUGCAGGAUUAAGUGAUUUUACCGAAGAAAUAACAUUGGCAACAAGUGCUGGAAUCCUUCUGUCAUGUAGUCAAAUGAUCACUUCUGUCUUUGUCGUACUUUCUAUAUUAAAUUAUCUUCUUCGUGUAUAAAAUUAAAAUUUUACCAAAAAGCAGCAUUGUUUAUUUUUAAAUUUUUUGGAAUAAGUAAAAAAAAUUUAUGGUUUAAUUAAACUUGGAAAUUCAACUGAAUUUGCUUCUCAGAGCAUCUAUCAUUAUUUAUUAUAGAGUA